CGCCACAGCCUGUCCUCCACGACUCUCUUUCUCUCUCUCUCUCUCUCGUUCUGUCGAGGCACGGGUUUUCUUCUCCCGCCCAAACCCUAACUAGGGUUCCGGCCGAUCUUUCUCAGUCCCUCGGUCCUCCCCUUAUUCCGCUCGAGUCCUUCCUCCGGCUCCUGAUCCAGAUCGCGUGGCCGGCGCCAUGGAAGCGUCUCGCAAGAGAGGGCCGCCGGACGCCGCCAAUGGAAGCGGCCCUGCGUCGAAGCGGACAAGAGAAUCGGACUCUUUCCAACAUGGUAUAGGAAGCAAAUCGAAGCCAUGCACCAAGUUUUUCAGCACUGCUGGUUGCCCAUUUGGAGAGGGUUGCCAUUUUCUCCAUUAUGUUCCUGGUGGCCUUCAGGCCGUUGCCCAGAUGAACAACCUAGGCAAUCCAGCACUUGCACCUCCUGUGAGGAACCCAGCAGCCCUUUCUGCCAUUCAUGAUGGUGCUCCUGCGCCUGCUGUGAAGACCCGCUUAUGUAACAAAUACAACACAGCAGAAGGUUGUAAAUUUGGAGACAGAUGCAAUUUUGCCCAUGGAGAGCAGGAGCUUGGCAAACCAAAGGUAUCAUCCACUGAUGGUCCAAUGGCACCUCCAAUGGGAGGAAGACCGGGAGGUCGAUAUGAGCCAGUUCGUCGAUAUGAGCCAGUUCCCCCUUCUACUGUGGGUGCUGCUGCUAGCUUUGGAGUUUCUGCCACUGCAAAGAUCAGUGUGGAUGCAUCUCUUUCUGGUGCCAUCAUUGGGAAGGGUGGAGUCAAUACCAAGCAGAUUUGCCGCCUGACUGGUGCAAAGCUGUCGAUACGGGAGCAUGAGUCAGACCCUAACCUGAAGAACAUUGAGCUGGAGGGAUCGUUUGAUCAGAUUAAUCGGGCGAGUGCAAUGGUGAGAGAGCUAAUCGUUAACAUUAGUGCUACCACUGGGCUGCCAGCCAGGAAUUCGGCUCCUGCAGCCACAACAGGCUCUCGGAGCAACUACAAGACUAAGUUGUGUGAAAACUUUGGAAAAGGGUCUUGCUCUUUCGGUGAUCGGUGCCACUUCGCACAUGGGGAAAGUGAGCUGCGCAGGGCUUCCGGGUGAGAUUAAAACACCAGCAGUGGUUAUGUCAUUUCCUUAGGAUCUGAUGGAUUCCUAAAAGACACUUUUCCGAGCAUCAGUGCGGUUAAUGACUCGGGGUAAUUUUACUGGUACUUUGCUUCGGUAGUUUUCCUGAAUCUUGUUGAUUAAAUUUAGACUCCGCUCGUUUUCUGGUUUCUCUUGGAUCCAUAUCUGCCUGGUUUCAGCUGUUAAUGAUAUGGUGAUAAAAUCCUGUGAUAUCGGAAUCAUUUUGUACUGUCUCUAUUUGAUUGUGAUUAAAAGGUGACUUUGCAGUGACCUUCUAUUU